GCCGAGUGUUGCGCAUGCGCAGAAACGACGCAAUGGCUCCCGGAUUCUGACACACGUCACAACAUUCGACAACAACAACAAAAAACGAGCUCAAUUUCUCCCAGCUGGCUCCACAAAGCACACAUGAGCCAAAAUGUCUCGACAUAGAAACGUCCGCGGCUACAACUAUGACGAAGAUUUCGAAGAUGAUGACAUGUACGGCCAGUCUGUGGAAGAUGACUACUGCAUAUCACCAGCAACAGCAAAUCAAUUUAUCUACUCUCGUCGAGAGAAGCAAGUGCCGAAGGAGGAGCCCCUUGAGGAGGAAGAAUAUGAAGAAGAUGUACCCAUGUCCCCCACCGUUAGCCACAACCUGGACCCACUUGAGCAGGCCAAGCUCUUCUCCUGCCUGGACCACAUGAGGGCCGUGCUGGGCGACUCAAUGCCGGACUCCGUGUUGAACCAGGCAGCCAUCCGAUGUGGCUUCGACGCGCAGAGGGCGCUGGACGUGCUUCUUUCCGAAGACCCCAAAACGGCCCCCGUCUCCGACAACGCCGCCGUGGAGAAAGCGCCGUUACCGCAGAGGAGCAGACAGGCGGCUGUGAUCGAAAAAGCGAAAAGCAGAGACGCGUCCAACAAUAAACUGGACUGUGAAGUGGUACCCAAAGUGGCCCGCAUGACCGUCUCUGGCAAGAAGCAGACCAUGGGCUUUGACGUUCCCAGCGGGGACAACGGCGUCGUGGCCGCUGUGGCGCGGCGAGGCAACAGCCCUGAAAUCACCGCGGCGACACUGGCCGCCGGCGAGUCCACACCCAAACGACCCGGGACGCCUUCGAGGGGCUCCAACGAGGACGAGCUCGCCGGCGGCGUCACUCCCGGCCGCUCCGCCGGAAAGGCCCGGCAGGCUAUCGACGUGAAAGUCGAACUGGAGAAGCGACAAGGAGGCAAACCGCUGUUGAAUUUAGUGGUGAUCGGUCACGUGGACGCGGGGAAGAGCACGCUGAUGGGACACCUGCUCUAUCUGCUGGGCAACGUCAACAAGCGGACCAUGCACAAGUACGAAACUGAGUCCAAGAAGGCGGGCAAGGCGUCCUUCGCCUACGCCUGGGUGCUUGAUGAAACCGGCGAGGAGCGGGACAGAGGUGUGACAAUGGACGUGGGCAUGACCAAGUUUGAGACCAACUCCAAGGUGGUGACACUGAUGGACGCCCCCGGACACAAAGACUUCAUCCCCAACAUGAUCACGGGAGCCGCCCAGGCAGACGUGGCCGUGCUGGUGGUGGACGCCAGUCGUGGGGGCUUUGAGGCGGGCUUCGAAGCGGGGGGCCAGACCAGGGAACACGCCCUGUUGGUGCGUUCGCUCGGUGUCACUCAGCUGGCGGUGGCGGUCAACAAGAUGGACCAGGUUCAUUGGCAACAGGAACGCUUCCAGGAAAUCACGACCAAACUCGGCCACUUCCUCAAGCAGGCAGGCUUCAAGGACUCUGACGUUUUCUACAUCCCCACCAGCGGCCUGUCGGGGGAGAACCUCAGCAUUCGGAGUACGGUGUCCGAGCUCACCUCGUGGUAUUCCGGUCUCAGCCUGCUGGAGCAGAUCGAUGCCUUCAGGCCUCCCCAGCGCUCUGUGGACAAACCUUUCCGACUCUGCGUGUCUGACGUCUUUAAAGACCAGGGCUCGGGCUUCUGCGUCACAGGCAAGAUCGAGGCCGGUUACAUCCAGACUGGAGAGAAACUGCUGGCCAUGCCCCCCAAUGAGACUUGUCUAGUCAAAGGAAUCACCCUGCACGACGCCCCUUUGGAUUGGGCUGCAGCCGGGGACCAUGUUAGCCUGACGGUAACUGGCAUGGACAUCAUCAAGAUCAACGUGGGCUGCGUGUUCUGCGAUCCCAAAGAGCCCAUCCGAGUUUGCACCCGAUUCAGGGCGCGACUCUUGCUCUUUAAUUUCGAGGUUCCCAUCACAAUAGGCUUCCCGGUCUUGCUGCAUUACGGCACGGUGAGCGAGCCUGCCACCAUCACUAAACUCAUCAGCAUUUUGCACAAGAGCAGCGGAGAAGUCCUCAAAAAGAAACCAAAGUGUUUGGGGAAAGGCAUGAACGCCAUCGUGGAGAUCCAGACGCAGAGGCCCGUGGCGUUGGAGCUCUACAAGGACUUUAAGGAGCUGGGUCGCUUCAUGUUGCGCUACGUGGGCUCCACCAUCGCGGCAGGCGUGGUCACUGAGAUCAAAGAAUGACGGCCGCUCACGUCGGCGUCGCGAGCGCGACUCCCUCCGACCUCAAUCGACUCGGCCCUCGUCGGCCAAUCGCACGGCCGCGAGCUUGAACGAGACGGCGGCGUCCGGCGAUGUCCAGCUUCCACCCAAAGGACUCGCAUGACGUUUGCGCCCUCGUCAGACGUCCAGUGGUUAAUGACACUGGUUGACGGUUGGUUAAAAAAAAAAAAGAAAUGUAACAAAACAAACCUACGCCGGAGGAGCCGCAACAGAGCAAACUCACGGCG